CUGCAUUCGCGUGCACAAAUUCCCGUUCAGCCUCCACAUCCCAUCCCCAUCAAAUCGUACUGGCACCAUCCGCCCUCACCACUUGCUCGCCAUCGUUCGACAGAAUCACUCCCCAGGACUGCUGAUACCGUCAUCAUUGGGAGUGGCAUCACAGGUGCUAUGGUUGCCUGGAAUCUACUGGAAAAGGGUGUGAAGGAUAUUGUCAUGUUGGAAGCGAGGGAUGCUGUCGGUGGGGCGACAGGCAGGAAUGGCGGCCACACUAAGGCAGCAUCAUAUCGUACUUAUCCUUCUCAUGUUCUUUCGCAUUCUCCAUCCACAGCCGCAAAGAUAGCCCGCCUCGAGCUCGCCAACAUCCGCGACACUCAUGCCUUUGCAUCUACCCACUUGAUUGCGUGCACGUCUCGUCCAUGCCAAACCACGGAUAUCAUCUAUGACCCAGCGACGUACACAUCAGGCAUCGAUGCGAUUCAUACUCUGCAGUCCAAUCUUGGCGCAGCUGAUGCUGCUGCCUCAUAUAAGAUCCUAGACGCUGAAAAGACGGUAACCAAAUUUCUAGUCGGACCUGAGAAAGCCCCGGGUGGAAUUCAUGCCCCUGAGAAGGUUGAUGGUGCGUUUGCAUACGAAGCAGGGUCCAUAAAUGCAUAUGCCUUCACUUCUGGCGUAUUGAGCCUCUGUAUUUCGCGUGGCAUGACUCUGUAUACCCACACGCCCGUAACUGGUGUUAUCGCAUCCUGGCCGUCUCCAGCUCAGGAUUUCAGAUAUGCCGUACCUACUGCCCAAGGCACCAUAAACGCACGCCGCGUCGUGCUCGCAACAAAUGGUUAUACGGCAAAUUUGUUGCCGAGUCUGCAAAGCAUCAUCGUACCGUUGCGAGGUCAGAUAGCUGCGUUGAAAGUGCCACAGGGCAGCACUCUUCCGACACUGCUGCCUAGUACGUACAGUUUCAUGUACGAUGGUGGUUAUGAUUAUAUGAUACCACGGCUCAGCACGAGUAGUAACUCCGACGGGACCGGGAGAGAAGAACAACACAUUAUCAUUGGUGGAGGACUGGGCCGUUUGCCAUCUAGUGGAGCGAGCGAGUACGGCACGGUGGAUGAUAGCGAACUGAACCCGGCGACUUCGGAGUAUUUGGCUGAUAUAGGCAGGGCUUAUUUCGGAAAGCACUGGACGGGGUAUAGGGGUGGUGGUGAUGAUGGUGAUGACGUCGUAAGAGAGUGGACAGGUAUUAUGGGGGUCACGCCGGAUGAUAUGCCAUUUAUCGGAGAAGUCCCCAUGCCCCUGGUCUUCGAAGGCGCAGCGCAGAAUCAGGUAGGAGAGCGAAGUAGAAAUGGAUCCUCCGGGUUGUUCAUUGCAGCUGGCUUCAAUGGACAUGGUAUGGCACUUGCGCUCAAGUGUGCUGAGGCUCUCGCAGAUCUGAUGCAAAGCGGCGAUGCUGCGAUACCACAGUGGUUCCCGAGGGAGUUUCUCAUCAGCGACGACAGAAUACAGAAG